UCUCCUCUCUGCCUUUAUAAUAUAUCCCAAGCAACGGCUCCGAGGCGCCUGCUAACGACUGCUACAUACCGACCAGAGAAAGGGGUUGGUGCUGCCAUUCCAUUCACUGCUCAAAGCUCCGCAAGAUACUGAAGAAUCAACAAUGACGGACACCGUCAUCGGAAACUCUUCCAACCGCUGGAUGUGUCCAAAUGACCGUCAAAUGGCUAUGAGAUCUAAUGAAAAGGGACAGCUUGAAGACGGGUGGUCAGUACACCCUGCAAAUCAGGGAGACAGACAACGGAAGCAUGAAGACCUAACUGAUGAAGAAAAGGAGAUAAUAAACCGAGUGAUUGCCAGAGCAGCAAAAAUGGAAGAGAUGGAGCAAGAGCGAAUUGGACGUUUGGUUGACCGUUUAGAAGACAUGAGAAAGGCAGUGUCUGGUGACGGGGUCAAUCGCUGUAUCCUCUGUGGAGAACAGUUAGGGUUGCCAGGAGCUAAGUGUGUUGUUUGUGAAGACUGCAAAAAGAACGCUUGCACGAAAUGUGGUGUGGAGACCAACAGUCGUCCUCAUUCCAUCUGGCUCUGCAAAAUAUGCAGCGAGCAGCGUGAGGUGUGGAAGAGAUCUGGUGCUUGGUUCUUCAAGGGCUUACCGAAGCAUGUCCUACCACAGCCAAUGCCAGUAUCCAAGCCCGAGAAACCUCCCAGCGAACUGGCUGAAUCAGACAUUUCAGCACCCGAGCAGAAACGCUACCCUCGCACUCAGAGCCGAGCUGUAGCGGAGAGUAAUGCACAACUGGAUCAAGAAUUGUAUGGCACCGAAUCAACUGCUGCUACUACUGGAAGAGGAAAUUAUCCUGCUUCUGCCCGUAAGCAAACCGAGUCAAGAAUGGUUUCUAGUGGAGGGGAACACACUGGUGGAGACCAAGAAAGCCGAAACUAUUCUUACAGCGGAGCAGACACUGAGACCAACAGAAGUCCUGGAGGUGUAAGACGUACCAACCCUUCCCAAGGUGCCAGAGCUGCUCCUCCUGCUAAUCAAAGCACCAACAUACAGCCUGCUCAACAAGCUCCUCAAGUAGGGGGCAGAUCAGCACCAAGGCCAGCUCCAGCCAGCAGAUUUUCUGAAGCCCAAGGCAAUUCCCCUCCGCCUGCAGCUCAGACUGAAUCGGCCUAUGCACCUCCAGCCCCUAGAGAGGAAAGAGCAGGGGGUUUCACUGUACAGGGGGUGAGGGAGGAUAGACCUCUCCGGCAGACUGCAUCAUACAGUUCAGUGACGCCAACGGCCACAGCAGCUCCUCCACGGCAGCCACAACCACAAGAGGAGGAGGAGGAGGAUGCCAAUAGCUAUGACUCUGAUGAAGCAACCACGCUGGGAUCACUGGAGUUCAGUCUUUUAUAUGACCAGGCCAACAGCUCUCUGCAUUGUACCAUUAUCAAAGCAAAGGGCCUCAAACCCAUGGAUUCCAAUGGCUUAGCCGAUCCUUACGUGAAGCUGCAUCUCUUGCCAGGAGCUAGUAAGGCAAACAAAUUGCGUACUAAGACUCUCCGAAACACUCGCAAUCCUAUGUGGAAUGAGACGCUUGUCUACCAUGGAAUCUCGGAUGAGGAAUUACAGAGAAAAACACUUAGAAUUUCUGUUUGUGAUGAGGACAAGUUUGGCCACAAUGAAUUCAUUGGUGAGAUCCGAUUCUCACUGAAGAAGCUAAAACCCAAUGUGAAAAAGAACCUGAAUGUGUGCUUGGAACGUGUUAUCCCGAUGAAGCGCGCUGGGACUACAGGAUCUGUACGUGGAAUGGCCCUUUAUGAAGAUGAAACGGAGCGCGGAGGUGAAUUGGAAGACAGGGGGAAAAUUCUUGUGUCGCUAAUGUACAGUACUCAGCAAGGCGGUCUAAUCAUUGGAAUUGUACGUUGUGUUCACUUGGCAGCAAUGGAUGCUAAUGGCUAUUCAGAUCCAUUUGUCAAACUAUGGCUAAAACCAGAUGUAGGGAAGAAGUCGAAAUUCAAGACUCAAAUUAAAAAAAAAACACUCAAUCCGGAGUUUAACGAGGAAUUCUUCUAUGAAAUAAAGCAUAGUGAUCUGGCAAAGAAACAGCUGGAUAUAUCAGUUUGGGACUAUGACAUUGGCAAAUCCAAUGAUUAUAUUGGUGGAUGUCAGCUUGGCAUCACUGCUAAAGGAGAGUGCUUGAAACACUGGUAUGAAUGCCUGAAGAACAAAGAUAAGAAAAUUGAACGCUGGCAUGUUCUACAGAAUGAAAACCAUGUCGCAAGCGAUUAAGUGAUGCAGCUGACAACAUUUUCCACUGACAUACCUGUUGCGCACCAAUUCACUGUAAAAUUUUUAUGUCUUGUCUUCCAAAGUGUUUACACUUUUAGCUGUAAUAUUAGGUAGCGAAUGGAGAAAAAAAACUAAAUAUUAGUUGCUUUUAGAAUUGUCAGAAGCAGUAUCUGCUGCAGACUGUAACUCCCAUCAUGCUCUACCAGCCUGUAGACGCAUCAUGUGUGCCACAGUAGUUGCAGUGCAAGGCUUACUUACUCCUGUGUAUAGGCUUUUAGAGAAAGGCUGACUAUUUAUUAUUAUGACUACUUAUUUAUUAUUACUAUGAUUCUUGCCUCCAUUCCUUCACACGCCCUUGUCCAAUUUAAACUUUUAAUAAAAUGUCUCAAUGUUACUCUAUUAUAACUGCAUAAUAGAUGGUAAAUAGAGAAAAUAUAUACAUUGAACUUUUUUUUUU